UAGGAGAAAUACGUACGGUAAUGUUAUUUUGUAAAUUCAACCAUUAACAUAGUAUUACGCCAUACAAGUUUUGUCAAUAAGAAAGAUGAGGCUAAUGCUUCUAUUUACCGUCUUUCAUUUCUAAAACUAAUAAACAAGAACUAACGAGUAACGUCACUACUUCCUACAUCUACAAACCGGAGGAAAUAAACUUUGAUGUUAAUUUCGCACUGGUUGGAUUGUGAUCUGCGCUGCCUUUGGACAUACUUGGGAAGCGCUGUUUUUAAUUAAAGUUACUUGAGUGCGAACAGACCUGAAUACGAACUGAGACUCUGUGGCUUUUUCGCUCCGGACCAACAAAAUUUCAAAUCUUUUUGAGUUGUUUAAUAUUCGAAACAGCGAUGGAAUAUAAAGUGGAGGCACAUCGGAUAAUGAGCAUUUCUUUAGGGAAAAUCUAUAAUUCCCGAGUACAGCGUGGAGGCAUCAAACUACAUAAAAAUCUUCUGGUGUCGCUGGUACUCAGAAGUGCUCGUCAAGUAUAUCUGAGUGACUACUAUGGUGGUGUGUGCUUGAACGCACAGCAUAUUGAGGCUAAGGAGUGGGAGUUGAUGGACUCUGAACAGGAGAAACUGAUCCCCGCGGUUGAGGAUUGCUCGCCAGACGUUGGCGGCAGCGAAGCAACAUUGGCUACCGAGGAGCCAACUGAAGCACCCGACCACUCUGCACAGCACCACAUGGUGGAGGUGUCUGUGGAGGGAGACCAGCCUUGCCCAGAAACAGGAGACAAGGGUUCAGAGUACUGCUCCCCUGAAUCAGUGGAGGGUCAGGACGUUUCUACCACAAAAGAUGUAACUAACGAAGUGGCUUGCGUAACACCAAGGAGUUCAUCCAGUUCACAUCAAAGUGUCAAAAAACAAGAGGAAGAAAGACCGGCAGAGUGUGAACCCAGUGCUACCACCAGUGAAAUCACAAGUGAUCUCCACCAGUCAGCGAAAGCGCACGUCUGUUCGACCAGGAAAAGGAGCGCUGAAAAAUCACCAGCCAAUGACUCUCCUCUGAAAAGGACAAAGGCAACUUCCUCAAACUCAACUGUGCCGAACAGUAACAAUGAGGAGGUAGAAGAAAUGGAUACUAGUAAUGUGUCUAAUCUAAUAACGAUUUUCGGGUCUAGUUUUUCCGGACUAUUGAGUAAAGACGGCGCCAAGCCGGAGACAGAGGCCGGGGAAAGUGACUCUGGGUCAGGGCAGAUCUGUUGCGAUCAAAUGCUCAAAAAUCUUAAUCCAUGGAGUACUGCUAUCGUCGCAUUUUAAUAGAAUUGGACUCAUCUAUGGAAAUGUAAAAAAAAAUUCAGUUUUGAAUGUUGAGACUAGGCCAACUGCUAUUACCGUAUUUCAUGUCUGGGAAACACUCAAUGUAUUUUAACACGUGGUGGAGCGUGGGCGGACUAAGUGCUGUGGGACUUCCCCAUAAACAUGAUUGCUACCAAGUACAAAGCCAGUUCUAUGUUUGGGCAUGUCUGAGUAAAGCAAAGUAUGUGAACAUGCUGGUACUACCACUUUGUCUGACCAUGCAAAACCAAUGACUCCACUAAGACCCAGUACUAAACUCUCUGCCCUCAAAUUCAUAUUUAAGCAACCUAUGUUGGAGGUUUAAGUUUGGCUUAAUAUUGGAAUUUUACCCAGUUAUAACAGAGUAAAUUGUUGAAGAGAUCAUGGCAUCACACUGGCAGAUUUUGUGUACUCUGAGUACGUUGUACAUUGGAUCAAUUCACGACAUACUGUGUUGACUCCAUCUGUUAAGUCUAUCCUGGGUUGGGGACACAAUUUUUUUCCUCUGAUGUCUUUGUUUUAUAAAGACCUGUAUAUUUGUAACAUUGUGCUUGUACAUAUUGUUUCAAUGCCUCUUGAAUCUAUGUAUUUUGGUAUUGACCAUUACGU